AUGUAUGUGGCCUCACGAGAGGAGUACCUUGCGUACAACAAGAGGCGGUGGGGCAGUGAUGGUUGGACGCAGUCAUUGCGGAGGUCUGGCGAGCCAGAUGAGCGGACAGGCCGGGCAGCAGAGGCCGAGGAGCUUCUUUUCGAGGCAAUCUAUGAGAGGGGCCAGAAUGUUGCUGAUGCUGCAACCCUCCAAGCCCUUGGAGAGGAGCUAGGCUUGGAUAGGGUGAAGGAAUAUUUGAGUUCGUCAGAUGGUCUGGAAGAGGUUUUGGAGGAGGACACAGGAGCAAAGCAGGAGAUGGGGAUCCACGGCGUGCCCUACUUUCUGAUACAGAGCUCCUUAAGCGAGGUCCAGCACAGGCUGUCGGGGGCACAGAGCGUAGCCGCAUUCACUUCUGUGUUUGAGAAAACGAUUGCUGCCAAGCAGUAA